GUCCUCAGACUUCUUUCCUUGCUGGUUGACAAAGUUGUCCAAAUGUUGCUUUACAAUCGUUCAUUUAGAAUAAAAUCUUGUAAGAAUGCAAAUGAUGAGUAACGAUAUUUAAAAAAAAAAAUAUUUUUCACUACACUGCUUUAAUUGUAUCGGCAGUCGGUAGAAUAUUUAAAACAGAGACACGUGCACCGAAGUGAAGUUUCUCGUAAUUAAGCCACUUUUCUCAACAGCUAACGAUAAACAUUCCCUCUUCGCGAAUUUGUCGAAAAUAUAAUUUGACAAUCAAAAUAAUUGACGUUCCUUCCUCGUGGCGUCAUACUUGACAGGUAUGUGGGGUAUGAGAAUAUUUUAAUCGAGGAAACAUUUUCGCUUAAUUACUCACGCUAAUGGCUGCACUCACGAAAAUUUACGUAUCAUUGGAAUUUCUUCAUUUUCUACGUCUUUACGUAAUUUCUGUUACACGCGCCGGUAAUGAAUUUUCUUAUUAAUUCUUUAUUUCCUUUAUUCCAUCGCAAUAAGAUACCACUUAAACUAACGACUCAGGUGAAUUCUAAAUAUUGAUUUAUAUUUUAUCUUCUAUACAUGAAGAAACAGCUGUUCUGUAAGUUCAAAUUGUUCCACUUGUUUUUCCAUAUACAAACCCUAUUUACACAAUUGCAAUUGAUACCGUAAAGUGUCCGGAGCUGGAACUCGUUAUAAAUAAAAAGGGGAGUCACCUAUGCAAUAUCUUCAUAAUGCAUUAAAUUACCAGUAACAGCUAACGAAUGUCUGAUCUAAUGAAGUUUUUAAUCCUGAGCUGUCUACUCGUCUUUCUAUCGACUACUCGCGUGGCUCGUGCCGAUGCCGCAGCACCCAAAUGUCCCGUAAACACCACAUUUCGUUGCGGUACACGCUGUCCCGAAUUGUGUCACGUAAUCGGUCAUGAGUUAUUUAAAUGUCCAGACGGUUGCGUCUGGGGAUGUUUCUGCAAUAAAGGUUACAUACGAGAGUUUCGUGGUGGCCGGUGUAUACGGGAGAAUGAUUGCAUACGUUAAUUUGCAAAAUCAAUCAUGGAUAAAUAUAAUAUGUUUAAUUGUCUAAUUAUCAAAUGAUAACGGUAAUGAUUACAUGUAUAACAAAAAAAUAUCUAUCUAAAUAUUCAACUUCAAGUUUUUCCUCAUUCGUGUCUUUAAUUCGUAUGCGAUCUUUUUUAUUAAAAAUAGAUCCUACGGACACUAGUUUUAUUUGCUACGAUAAAGUUUUGUAAUAUAUAUUAUAUAUAUACUAUAUGUAUUAUUAAUCAUUAUCUUAUUAUCGGUAUAACAAAUAGAUUAAUGUGGAUCGUUU